AUGGUAAAAGACGACGAAACAGUCAUCCAGGAGUUCAACGAGCUCGUCAACAUGACAGCUCAGGAGUUAAAAGACUGGCUGAAGCAGGAAGAGUCCAGCGACUCCGGCUGGAGCAAGGACGACGGCUCGGGCGAGACGGUCGGAAACGAGAGUGGCCGCAAGAUCAUCGCGAUUCUGGAGAAGAAUCCCAAGAAAGAUCCGAGCAAGUACGAAGAGGAUGACAUCCAGCACAUGCGAAAGGUAGUCUCGUACAAUAAACGCCAUCUAGCUCAGGAGGGCAAAGCGAAGCAAGAUCCUGAUUCGAAAAGCGCGCGAUCGUUGAAGAACUGGGGCCAUGAUCCUCAGAAGACCUAG